GCGGGGCACGGGCGGCGGGGCGUGCCGGGGGCCCCCGCGGGCGCGGCGCGGGCGAUGAGCCGGGGCCCGGCAUGGCCUCCGCGCGGCCGCCGGGCCGGGCCUGUGCCUCGGCGUCCGCGCCCGCGGGGCUCCGGGCUGGACCGUCCACGCAACCGGCCGCUUCCCGGGAGCCCGCGGACGGCGCCGAAGAGGAGGAGCGCUCGUUGCACCACAUGCUGCGCGCCAUAGCGGAGGAGCGCGGUCGCCUCAACCUGCGCCGCGAGGUCUGCGGCCUGGGGCACCAUCUCUCAGGGAAGACAGAAUACAGCUGCGUAGGAUGCUUCAAGGAUGACCGGAUUGUCUUCUGGACCUGGAUGUUUUCUACCUACUUCAUGGAGAAACUGGCCCCCAGGCAGGAUGACAUGCUUUUCUACGUGCGCAGGAAGCGAGCCUACCCGGGCAGUGACAGCAGUGUCGACGGGAGGAAGGCUGAGGCGGAGCCUGAAGUGGAGGUGGAAGUGUACCGGAGGGACUCCAAGAAGCUUCCAGGCCUGGGAGACCCUGACAUUGACUGGGAAGAGAGUGUCUGCCUGAACCUCAUCCUACAGAAGCUGGACUAUAUGGUGACCUGUGCCGUGUGCACACGUGCCGAUGGAGGCGACAUUCACAUUCAUAGGAAGAAAUCCCAGCAAGUGUUUGCAUCCCCCAGCAAACACCCCAUGGACAGCAAAGGAGAAGAGUCCAAGAUGAGCUACCCCAACAUCUUCUUCAUGAUUGACAGCUUCGAGGAGGUGUUCAGUGACAUGACUGUAGGAGAAGGAGAGAUGGUCUGUGUUGAGCUGGUGGCCAGUGACAAAACCAACACGUUCCAGGGUGUCAUCUUCCAGGGCUCCAUCCGCUACGAGGCUCUCAAGAAGGUGUAUGACAACCGAGUGAGUGUGGCAGCUCGAAUGGCCCAGAAGAUGUCGUUUGGCUUCUACAAGUACAACAACAUGGAGUUUGUGCGCAUGAAGGGGCCUCAAGGCAAGGGCCAUGCUGAGAUGGCGGUCAGCCGUGUGUCUACUGGUGACACGUCCCCCUAUGGGACGGAAGAAGACUCCAGCCCAGCUUCGCCCAUGCAUGAGCGGGUGACCUCCUUCAGCACCCCGCCCACCCCAGAGCGAAACAACCGGCCUGCCUUCUUUUCCCCAUCCCUCAAGAGGAAGGUGCCUCGGAACCGCAUUGCAGAGAUGAAGAAGUCACACUCGGCCAACGACAGUGAGGAGUUCUUCCGAGAGGACGACAGUGCAGCCGACCUGCACAAUGCCACCAACCUGCGGUCUCGCUCCCUGUCCGGCACGGGACGGUCCCUGGUUGGGUCCUGGCUGAAGCUGAACAGAGCUGAUGGAAACUUCCUUCUCUAUGCACACUUGACCUACGUCACCUUGCCGCUGCAUCGGAUCUUAACAGACAUCCUGGAAGUACGACAGAAACCCAUCUUGAUGACCUAGUAUGUGUGUGGAGCCUGCACGGAGCCCCGGCCCUGCCUGGCCCUGGAAUGCUGCCAAGUGCCUACCUGUCACCGCCACGGGGGUCUUCUGUGACAAGCCAGCGCCGGAGCUACAGCCAGGCAGGGCCACUCGACUCCUGGGGCCAGGGCCGACUCCAUGAACACCAGCCCAAACUGAAGUGCCUCGUCCUCUUCCCUCGCUGGCUCUGCUCCCACCCUGUCCCGCACUCGGCCCCCUCAGCCCAUCUCUGGAGAGCCUUCUGCUCCCAAAGAGGGCCAGAGACACCAAGAGGCCGUAGAGAGUGUGAGGGGCUGCCAGCUUCCAGAAUGUUCUUAGACCUCCCGACCUCCACUCUGUCCCCCUGCUGGGGCUCUGUGCAGGCUACUGUCCACACAUCCCACACAAAGUCAGUGGAAGAUUUUGUAAUGCAGUACUGAUGAAGUUCAGCUCUCGAGUCAGCCCCAUGUUCUCCCAUGGUUAUUACGUGUCGCAGUGAGUUCCAGCUGGGAGUCAGGGACAUGAGCUGUUUGUCGGCUGGGAAUACCUCACCCCAUGCCCAGCUCAGAAUGGGUGUCAACCUCCGGCUGGGCAGACAGGCCCCGAUCCCCCAGGAUGACCUUUGCUUCCAUCCAAAGAACACCGCCAACACACACAUCUCCGACCCGAGACGUCCUGUGUCGGUCUCGGCUGGAGGGACGAAGAAUUCAGUUCUGAAGGAACUGGGAGGGAGCUUUUGUUGAGGGAUGUCUGAUGGGGGCCAGGGUUGAAAUCCCAGGAAGGUUUUGGGCAGAACCACCCUGAGGCCAGAGCUUAGAGUGAGGCUGGUGCUGUCCCCACUGCCCCGAUGCUUUGGUCAGCAUGCUGGCCUUGUCCUCAGCCUGGCUUCCUAGGAAGAGAGCAGACUGGGCUGCUCGUGAGCCCACAUUGUCCUUGGUGAGUGCAAGUGAGCAUGGGCCACCAGCCCAAGACUCACCCUGGAGGGCAGUGUGCUCUAGCUGAGGCAGCCUCUACCUAACUGGAACAAACUGGAAGCUGGGCCUCCUGUUGCUGCUGGGUUUAGUGUCCCAGAUUCUGUGUGUGCAGAGCUUGACUCCUCUGGACUGUAGAGCAGGCACAGGAGCAUGGCUCCCCAUUCCUUGGUCUCUGGGAGUGUGGACUACUUUGGGGCUUUCUCUAGAUUUUGUAUGUUGUUAUUAAAAGCGAGCUAUUGCAUUUCAUUCUGCCUCAGUUUGCCCACCUGUAAAAUGGGGCUGAUACCACCUACCUCACUGAAGUCUCCAGGGUUAACAUGCAUGGCUGGGUCAGGGCUUGACCACCUGUCAUUCUGCAUAGCUCAGGUUGGGUCUUAGGAGUGGGUGUUGGGCGGCCAGGAAACUCACCUCUCCUGCCUGCUCUGAAAUAACUCCUUUCAAAGGGACAAACAGUGAGUCAGUUUAGACACUGAAGUUCUGCUGGAGCCUGGGUCUAUGUUCUAAUCUAACCAUUGAAGCAGACUCACAUCCUGCCCUAGAAUGCCAGAGUACCUCAGGCCUAUGGUAUGGCCCUGCAGUCCAGGAUGGCCAUUCCUCCUGCAGGGGUGUGAAUGCUGCACCCAUGUUUGUUUCUAGGGAGGUCACAGCAUCCUGCCACUUCAGGACCCUAGCCAUUCUGGGUUCUGAACAUUCUGGACUUGGUAUCUUGAGGGGAAUACAGGCAGCUUCCCGCAGAACUGAGGCAGUCCUAGACCCAUAGCAAUUCCAUGGCUUCUCUUUUCUGGGGGUUCCGUCCCCCAGAGUUCAGCCGUGCUCUCCUGGGCAAGGCUGGCUCUUUUAGGCUGGGGUAACCAGAUACAAGUGUUUCCUAGGCUGUAGAAGGUACAGAGUUUAUGUCAUGCAACUUGACUCUAUAUGGCACAUGGAAAUAACUGAUAUGCGCAGGUCCAUUUCUAAUGCUUAGGUACCAUCAUCCCCUUUGUAGAGAAGGAGAGCACCCCAGAGAGGCUGAGUGAACUCAGACAUGAACCAAGAGGAACACCGGAAGGAGGCAAGCUUGUUCUGAGCCCCAGUCUAUGGUUAACCACACGCUGUCCCGGAGUAGAGCCAGACAUUGAACCUGCUUUUUCCAAAGGGCACUUUUGAGUUCAGAUAUGUUCAGAAGCUCUUGAGAACUAGGAUAGAAUUCUGAUGUUUACUUUUUCAAAUAGCUGACAUCGGAGGGCCAGGCAUGGUGGCACAUGUCUGCAAUUUCAGUACUGAGGCUGAGGCAGGACAGAGUUCCUGGCCAGCCUAGGCUACAUAGCAAGACCCUGUCUCAAAGUGACAGAGCAGCACCCAGAAUGGGCUCCUGAGGCUAUCUUCAAUUUUUCUGGGAACAUGCCUGUCCUCGUAUAACAGUGACACAUAGCAACUGGAAGUGGAGUGCAGCUGUUUGAGGAAACCUUGGUAUCGGUCUUUAGGGUGUCAGGAAGAAGGCACUGUUUGCUUUGUGCUUUUUCAAGGAGGCAUCCCUGUUUCUUCAGGCAAUGUCUGCUUUACUUCCCGGGGCUGCCUACAAGGCAACCCAGGCCCACUCCCACUCCAGAAAUUUGUUUAUAACAGGCAAAAAGAAAUAAGCUGGGUGUGGUGGCGCACGCCUUUAGUCCCAGCACUCGGGAGGCAGUGGCAGGCAGAUCUCUGUGAGUCUGAGACAAACCUGGUCUACAGAGUGAGUUCGGGACAGCUGGAGCUAUAUAGAGAGACCCUAUCACACCAAGCUAAAUGACUUGGCAGCUUGUGGCUGGGAUGGGAUCUGAGUUCUAUACUCGGUAGAUCCCCUAAGUGGAGGAAGCCUUGGCCUGCUGACAAUUUGUGUUUACAGGUUUCUAUUUCCAAGAUUUCAGAACAUGAGCUGUCAGUGUUUUUGUUGUUGUUGUUGUUGUUGUUUGGCUUUGUUUUUGUGACAGGGUCUAUGUAGCCCAGGCUGGCUCCAAACUUUGUAUAGCAGAGGAUGACCCUGAGCUAAUGAACCUUUUGCCUCCACCUCCAUGAGCUGUGAUGACAGGCAUAUACCACUGUGCCUGGUUUUAUGAUGUCUUGGGGGUGGAACCCAGGGCUUUGUGCCACUGGCAAGCACUCUCAUCAGCUGGACUGCACCUCUUGGCCCUUUCUUACCUUCUUUUGACUUCAGCCCCUAACUCAGUAGGUCAGGAAACACAGAUGCAAAUAGCAAUCUUACCCCUUGCAAAAUUAUUGUAUGAGUAAUUACUGCUACAGAAAAAAUUUUGUUACUUCAAAACUUGUGAUUUCUACAAAAACAUUUCAACAAAGACAUGAGUACAUUGAACAUGUUUUGAACAUGUUAGUGUGUAGAUUGUGAGUGGCUUUCCCAUGGAACACCCUCAUUCAAUAGAAAGUCUUUUGUGGCAGCUGUUGAUUUUGCUUUAUGAUUUCAUGGUUGAGAUGCUGCUUUACAUUUGAGACAUGAGUUUUCUUAGAGUUGCCCCUGACCUGUACCUGUUUCUUUUAAUAAUACACAUUUCAGGUUAAUACAGACACUACAGCAGAUCAAUAGAAUGGCCCUGAUCUUGCUGCAAGCUUUGCCACAAGAUACUGUUCUGAAAUGGUCCCACUAGGGUUGAUCAUUCACUGGCUGUCCCACUGGCUGCUGUGAGGGGGACAGUGACCAUCCUGGCCAGAGGUGUAGGCAUUUCCAAAGCGGAUCACAUGAUGCCUUUGGGCUGUUCUGUGCUCCCAUGAAAAUCCACCCUGGCAAUGUUUGGACCAAAAUUUCCCAAGCUUUUCUAAGACAAUCCCAUAAAAGCCCUUACAGUAGUAGGAAAAUAGUUGGAAUAGAACUUGGGAACCUAAGUGGGAGUUUACAAAAGAUUCCAGCAGACAUCUUACUAUCCGUCGCCUAGUCACCUCUGUGACUGUGGGCUGCUGAGCAGGCACCUGAAAUUAUCACAGGUUGAAAAUACCACAGCUACCUUUCAUGCAAAGGGAUUUUAUGUCACAAGGAAUAGGCCUAAUAGACUAUGCAGCGGAGGAUCAGAGGGGGUCUGAGAGGACGAGUCAGCUACUACCCUAGAAACACCAGAUGAGGAGAGUUUUCUGAACUGGUACUUCUAACUGCAAGGUGGUUGGAAGGAGGCGUUGGCUUAGCAGUUAGCAGGUAAGUCCUGUCUCCUUGCUAUCCACAUUGACCCGGGGUAGUCUGCAGUCUGUCCUGGACGCUGUCCCAAAUGCAGUGGGAAAGCCGUUCUGCUGUCUCAGGUCUUUUAUCCUGACCCAUACCUUUUAGGAGCAGCUGUCAGCUCUAGCUUGGAAGAAAAUGUUCCCUGAAAAGGAAAACCUUCCAGAACAAAUGAGGAAGCGAGCAUUAGGUAAAAUAACAGUCCUUGUAGCUCACUGUAUAUACCCAUGUCACCUGGAGACAUCGAACUCUGUGUUUGUUAAAAGUGACAGGAAGUGGGAAUCUUGAGGAAGGGAAAGCUUGCUUCUUGGGGGCUGGGCCAUAAGAGAAAGGUCCUGCUCUUAGUGUCACUCACUUGCCUCCUACAGCCUCAUGUAAGCCAACGGGCUAUCACUUUUCUCUAUGUGGAUGGCUCUUUCAUUUUGGAAUCUGACUUUAAUAAAGCAAUUAGGUUGCUCAGUUUGAAAUAA